AUGAAUAACCUGUUCUCCCGCAUCGUUGCUCGCGAUGACAGCGACAACAAUGGUGGACUCUCAAACACCAUGAUCGACCUACUUAUCGCUCUUCUCGUUCUCGUUCUGGUCUCCCUUGCUCUGGUCGCUGGUCUGCUCGUCCUCCGCCGCAAGCGUCAGUCUCGGAAGCAAAACUUGCUGCCAGUCCACAAUGGAGAGUCUCCCAACAGACGCCGUCUAACUAUUUCCACCAAUAAAGCCGACUCCAUCCUUGUCUAUGAUGAGAAACGCAGCCUCAUGGAGAAUUCCUACAGCCCUCCACCUAGCCCUGUGCCCGAGAUCCGCAUCACUUUCCCAGAGGAAGAAGAUGCGAGCGGCAAACGUACUUCUGGCCGCAUGGUUAUUGUCCGGAUCAGUGACGCGGGCAGCGUCGGUCUGGAACCCUGCCACGAGGAGCUUCCUCCCUACCAAACCACCGACACCGGUCGCUUCCAGUCCCUGGACAUGGAGCGGAUGGGUGGAUUGAAGGAGAAAGAGGAGACAAAGACAUAUCAUUAA